AUGCAGCUCCUCUCGAUCCUGCUCAUCCUCGUCGGCGGCGCCUCUCUCGCCGCCACGGCGCCGACAUGCGGUCCGAGCACUUUCGUCGGCACGGACGGCGCAUGCGUGCCCUGCCCUUCUCCCUUAGCGACGUGCUCGAGCGCGACGCAGGCUCUUACGUGUGACCGCGGUCUAUGGCUCACACCCGACAAGAAGAAUGCCGCAACGUGCUCGGACGCAAGCGCCACGGGCGCCACCUCCUGCAUCGAUGGCUGGUGCCUCUCGGCGGGUCAGUGCUUCUACAGCAAGCGUCUCCCAGCCGGCACCUACUGCCCGAAUCGUGUUCUCCAGCUGUGCCCUGGCGGGUCUGGCGUCACCAAGUGCGACUCGGCCGGCGCGACGGUCGCCUGCAACAGCGGCGACGGCUACCACCUCCAGAGCUCGAGCAAGAGCUGCGUCUUGUGUCACGGCUACGAGCUCUGGGACGCAGCGAGCGAGAAGUGCGUCUGCGCGAGCGGGACCUACGCAACCGACAUCGUCGGCUGCGCACAGUGCACCGACUUUGGCGCACUCGUCAAGACCUGCACCGAGGCUGGCCCGCUCACGUGCACGGACGGCAACGUGCUGUACGACGGUCGCUGCUUCGCAAGCUGUCCGGCGGCCACUUUUGCCGACUCGCCCAGCACGUGCAAGGCGUGCGACUCGGGUGUCGCGGCGUGCUCUGGCGCGGGUCCUGGGUCCGCCACCGCAUGCGGGACCGACUCGAGCGGUACGCAGCUCUACUUGUACCAGGGCAACUGCGUGACGAGCAACCAGUGCCCGACUGGCGCCAACUAUGUCCCGCCGGGCACGUUCGCCGACGCGACGAGCGGGACGUGCGUCGCCUGCGCCGAGCGUUUCGGCGAGGGCGCGUACACCUGCACGUCGCAGGGUGCGACAGGCUGCAUCAACGCCAUUGCGCACGAGGGAAGGUGCCUCGCGUCGUGCCCGGGCGGCACGUAUCAAGAGGGCCAGCACUGCAACUCUUGCAGUACGCUGUCGUCGGGGAGCCCCUGCAGCCUCGACAUGGCGACGUCUUGCAACUACUUGCUCGACGAGGCGACGAGCACCUGCACGUCGUCGUGCCGGCUCAACCCGAGCGGCUCGCUGCCAGCCACCUACCGCAGCGGCAGCGCCUGCAAGUCGUGCGGCCCGCUCAACGUCUAUGCGUGCGACGAGGGCGGGCCGUAUCAGUGCCUCGGGCCGUCGACGUACCUCCCGAGGGCCCGCCGGCCGCACAAGUGCAUCACGGUCGACCAGUGCCUCGCGCUCGGGCAGGACAGGUUCAUCCAACGCUACGGGCCGGGCAAGAUCCUGUUCGAGUGCACCACCUGCAAUGCGGGGAUGGUGCCCACCAGCGAUAAAUACAGGUGCGUCUACGGUCCUUGA